UAAAGACUAGAGUACCCGCCCCCUGAGCCAGCAGGUUAGUGUUCACCGCGGUGCAGCGCAGGACCCGCGAAGCGCAGAGCCCGGAUUAGGGGCGAAAAGCAGGAACGAGUGACCAGGCAGAAUGGACAUGAAGAACAGGAUCCACUUGGAGCUGCGGAACAGGACGCCGGCCGAUGUAAAAGAACUCUUUUUGGAUAACUGCCGAUCAAAGGAAGGCAAAAUCGAAGGGCUUACUGAUGAAUUCAAAGAGCUGGAAUUUCUGAGUACAGUUAAUGUGUGCCUGAGGUCACUGGCAAACUUACCAAAGUUAAACAAACUUAAAAAGCUGUUACUGAGUGAUAACAACAUUUCUGGAGGAUUGGAAGUGCUGGCAGAAAAAUGUCCUAACCUUACACACCUCAAUUUGAGUGGCAACAGGAUAAAGGAUUUGAGCACAAUAGAACCGCUGAAGAAGUUAGAGAGCCUGAAGAGCUUGGACCUAUUUAAUUGCGAAGUCACUAACCUCCAUGACUAUCGAGAAAAUGUAUUUAAGCUCCUCCCCCAGCUUACAUAUCUGGACGGCUUUGACCGAGAUGACACAGAAGCACCAGACUCUGAUGCUGAGCUAUAUGGUGAAGGGCUAGAGGAUGAGGAAGAUGAUGAUGAGGAAGACUAUGAUGAGGACGCUCCACCAGGUGAAGAGGGUGAGGAUGAUGAUGAGGAAGAGGAGGAAGAGGAAGUGAGCGGUGAGGAGGAGGAGGAUGAAGAAGCUGACAAAGAAGGCGAGGAGGACGCAGCUGAGGAGGAUGCAGAACAAGGGCAGAAGAGAAAACGAGACCUAGAGGACGAGGGAGAGGAGGAUGAGGACUAAACGGCCAGGAUUUCGAGUUAAAGAUUGAUGGAGACAGAGGACUGAACCUUAAGACCGUUUCAGAGUUUCCUAUUGUAAUUUGACUGUUUUUACAUUCAACUACCCUGUUUUUUUUUUUUUGGUUUUUUUUUUCUCUUAUUUUCUUCUUACCCAAUAUAUAAGGUUGCGGUGUGACAGGUAAAUUUGUGAGGAGAUACACACCUAGAAUUUCUGAUGUUCAUCUUGCAGAUUUUUAAUAUUAUUGAUUAUUGACGUUUACUUUGUGUUUAACACAGGUUCCUUACUAUAUGCGUCAUACAGUUGGUAUACACCCUAUUACUAACGUGUUAGUUAUUAUGGAUGUGGUUUGAUGUCAGUAACCCUUUACUGUCAAAGAGGAAAGUCUUAAGUAGGCAGAUUGCUAUUAUUAACCCCCAUGCUAUAUUGUUCUGCAGGUUUUCUUGCAUAGAAAGUGUUAAUUAUGUAAAAUUGACAUUUUGGCAAAGCAUAUUUUGUUUUGUUAAAAGCAGUUUUACUGGUAAUCUGUGCUCACCAGCCACUUGUAUAUAGAAAAUAGGCUGAAUUCAAGAUGUCUUCCCCAAACACUAGACUACAAACAAUCUUUUAGGUGAGCCAUGGUUAACAUUUGGUGUUUCCAUGAUGCUCUGCCAGCCUGAUAGCUUGCCAUAGCUUUUCUAUGUGCAAUUAAUUUAUGAUGUGUCCAAGGCAUCCAAAAGAUCUGUUUUAAUUGAUAUUUUUAUGAGAAAAUAUAUACAAUUACAAAAUACGAAUUGAGAAAAAAAUGAUUUACUCAUCAUGUAUAACCUGCAGUAAAAAGUAACGGGAACACAAGGCAGUAGUGUAGUGUAGUGAUGAAAUCUGUACUUUUGCCUGCAGCAGAAUUAUUUUUAUUUGUGUUUUUAUAGGCCCAUCUCAUAUUCUUCCACAAGGUCCAGAGGUUGUAGAGACUGCAGACUUGAUACUUAUUGAUUUAGUAUUCACAAGAAGUAAUGUUCCUGUAUUUUUUACAAAGCAGCAGUAUUAUGAAUCUAUGGUAAAUUUACAAUAAAUGUGGCUUUUGCCUUAAUUUAAAAUUUUUACCCCAUGUAAGUCGCAGUGUGUAGCACACAGAUUAUAGAAGUGGGAACUGUUUUUGUUUUUGGACUGUUGGCUGGGCUUCAGGCGAGAAAUUAACCAUUUGGUUUAACUUUGUACAUUGUUUACCACUCCUUUUAUUUGUCAAGUCAAUUGCAGAGCAUGGAAGAAAGUACAAUGUGUUUUCGAUGUCAAUCCAGAAAACAAGGCACAUGAUCCAUUGGCAUUUUUCCUGUGAUUUCAUUUAGUUUUUUGUUACACAGGACUUUCUUUCUGUCUGCACAAGGCCUCCUAGGCAAUAGUAAUAUUGAUAAUGGCCAUUUUCUCUGUAAGGCAAACUAAUUCUUAGUGCACAUCACUAUAUAUAUGUAUUGGAGGCAUAGUACACACAGAUGAGUGUGUGUGUGUGUGUGUGUGUGUGUGUGUAUAUAUAAUAAUAAUAUUUAUAUUUGUAUUGGACGCAUAGUGCCCGCAGGUGAUGUCUCCAAUACAAAUAUACAGAGCCACUCAACCAAACACGGUCAAAAGCUACAUUUGUUUCUGGACCUUCCUAGUAAAGCCGUUUGGCUAUAUUUUUAGAAAGCCUAUGUUUUUGGUAUACAAGGUUCCUUCAGUUUUUUACUCCAGCACACAAUUCAUUUCAAGUUUUGUGUUUUCUAGUUCAAUAGGUCCUCUCCAAUUGGCUAAAGGAUCUUGCAAAUGUUUUAAUGCUGGCAAAAUUUUGUUUCUGAUUUAGACGUAAUUCUUGCGGUCCCCUAUCGAUAACAUGUCACCAGAAGGUGAUCAGUGGCUUCCAAUUUCCCAGGACAGCCGAAAACUGCAUUUCUGUCUUUUUGUCAUUGGUAAAUUUCAAUAAACCUGUUUUUUAUACACA